CCUCAGGACCCUGGCUUGAAGCCUGCACAUUAGCCUGCUCGCCUCUGCGGGAAGGGAAACUGAGGCCGGGCGGCCGGAGCGGGGCGGGUCCCAGAGCUCGAGCCCCCGCCCCCGGCGGCCCCGCCCCGGCCCGUAAGAGCCCCAAGCGCGAGGCAGCACUCAAGUGGGGACGGCGGGCGGCGGCGCGAUGGCAGCGCAGCGGCUGGGCAAGCGCGUGCUGAGCAAGCUUCAGUCCCCGUCGCGGGCCCGCGGCCCGGGGGGCAGCCCCAGUGGGCUGCAGAAGCGGCACGCGCGAGUCACCGUCAAGUACGACCGGCGGGAGCUGCAGCGGCGGCUGGACGUGGAGAAGUGGAUCGACGGACGCUUGGAGGAGCUGUACCGCGGCAGGGAGUCAGACAUGCCCGAUGAGGUCAACAUUGAUGAGCUGUUGGAAUUGGAUAGUGAAGAUGAGAGAAGCCGGAAAAUCCAGGGACUCUUGGAGUCCUGCACGAAUCCCACGGAGCCCUUGCCCUUGGUCCCCAAGUCACAGCUGGCCCUGACAGAUGGAGAAGCAUUCCUCCUGGCCUCAGCCUGAGAACAUACCCUGCUGACCCCGAGGCGUCCCGGAGACUCACAUCCUGUUCCCACCUCCCCCCAAAUGGAAGCAGUCCCAGCUCCUAUGGGGAACGCCGGGCCAGAUUCCUGGGCCACAGGAGAUGUGGAGAUGCUGACGGCCCCUGUGACCCCCAUCAUCUCCCCAUAGAGCAUCACACAGUGAUGAGACCAUUAGUCCACUCCAUGGAGAAUGUGCUUGGUGUGGUUGUUGGAGUUGAAGCCACAGACCAGCAGUAAAUGACAUUAAAGUGGGAGAGAGAACCUGAGUGGCAGGGAGGGAGAGAGUGAGAUGUGCACAAUGGUACUGUGGGUAGGAGGAGCCACUGGCCCUUUGGGGUGGAGAAGCAGAACAAUAGGACAAUGGAGCCCCUGCCUAGAAGCCCCCAGUGAGGGGCUGGGGUGUGGCUCAGUGGUAGAGCCCCUGCCUAGAAUCCCCCAGUGAGGGGCUGGGGUGUGGCUCAGCGGUAGAGCCCCUGCCUAGAAUCCCCCAGUGAGGGGCUGGGGUGUGACUCAGUGGUAGAGCCCCUGCCUAGAAUCCCCCAGUGAGGGGCUGGGGUGUGACUCAGUGGUAGAGCCCCUGCCUAGAAUCCCCCAGUGAGGGGCUGGGGUGUGGCUCAGUGGUAGAGCCCCUGCCUAGAAUCCCCCAGUGAGGGGCUGGGGUGUGACUCAGUGGUAGAGCCCCUGCCUAGAAUCCCCCAGUGAGGGGCUGGGGUGUGGCUCAGUGGUAGGACACCUGCCUAGAAUCCCCCAGUAAGGGGCUGGGGUGUGGCUCAGUGGUAGAGCCUCUGCCUAGAAUCCCCCAGUGAGGGGCUGGGGUGUGGCUCAGUGGUAGGACACCUGCUUAGAAUCCCCCAGUAAGGGGCUGGGGUGUGGCUCAGUGGUAGAGCCCCUGCGUAGAAUCCCCCAGUAAGGGGCUGGGAGUGUGGCUCAGUGGUAGAGCCCCUGCCUAGAAUUCCCCAGUGACGGGCUGGGGUGUGGCUCAGUGGUAGAGACCCUACUUAGCACAAACAAGAUUCCAGUUUCAUUCUCAGCUCUGCCAAAAGAAAGAAAAGAAUCUUUGAGGGCUUCCUGGAAGAAGCAGCAUCAAGGCAACAACUUCCACAGGCUGUCUCAACCAUAGCUGCAGACUGAACUUGGAAGCAGAGUGGUUCCUGUUGGGGUAAUACCAAUAUUGAUCAGGAUGACAGUGUCGCUGGAGCUAGGCAGGGAAGUCUACAGCUCAGGGAUUAUCGAGGCCUUCCCUCCUGAGUUAGAGGGUGUCCUGGAGGGUCUUAGAAGUGGAGAGAGGCUGUUUAACACCAGCCUGUGCAUAAUGAGAUGGAGUGACUGCCAAUGCUGAGGCCCUGGUCUUGCAGUUGGGAUGUCUAGGAAAACAUCUCCCCCAUCUCUCUAGUGAGAUUGCCCACCCCACAUGCCACCCAGCUGCCUCUCCAGGAUCAGGGCUCCAUUCCAGGGAUCUGAGUCAUGGACCAGCAAGGAAAGAUUGCUUAACAUCUGGGACAUCCUGUCCGGCCCUGCUGCUGGCCUAGCUGUCCCCACACAGGCUUCUCAGCCUUCCUCAAUGCGAAGGAUUGAGUGGGGGAUGGGGACCUCGUGAGGCUCCCAUCACCUGGACUGCUGUCCCAGAGCACUGCGUGAGCUGCGCACCCUCUACUUCCCUUUCACGGAACCUGCUUUUGGUUCCUCAUGGUUGUGGAGGUGACAAGCCCCAGGUUCAGGCCCUGGGUGUCCACAGCAUUGGAUCUGUUUCCUAUAGAAAACAAGAACCUCACAGAGAAGGUCCGGGUCACCAGCACUGUGUGCUAAAAGUCACACGGCCGGGCCGUGGUGGCACUGGGCUUUGAUCCCAGCACUUGGGAGGCAGAGACAGGUGGAUUUCUGUGAGUUCGAGGCCAGCCUGGUCUACAGAGCGAGAUCCAGGACAGCCAGGGGGCUUCACAGAGAAACCCCGUCUCAAAAACAAAAGCUUAAGCAAAUGAUAGGGCUCUGCCAUCCUAGUACUUGGGGCAGAGGCAGAAGGAUUGAGUCACAGGCUGGGUUCUGUAGCCCGGCCCUUUAUCAAAUAAGUAAAGUGAGAAUGGAAAAGGACCGCCAAGAUGGCUCAGAGGGUAAAGGCCCUUUUGCUGCUCGGCCUGAGGACUUGAAUUCAGUCCCUGGGCCCCACAUGAUGGGAGAAAAGAACCAAUACAAAGUGUCCCUCUGUCCCCUCUAUGUGCACGGCAUGCAGGAAUUUGAGGCCAUCCUGGUCUACAUAGGGAGACUUUGUCUCAAAGAAGGAAGCGGGGAACUAGAGAUGGCUCAGCAGCUAAGUGACCGGCUGCUCUUCUAGAGGACCCGGGUUCAAUCCCAGCACCCACAUGGCAGCUCAUAACCAGCAACAGAUCCAGGGGAUGCAAUGCCAUUUUCUGGCCUCUGUGAGCACCAGGUACCACACAUCCACACACAGUGGGUAAGUCUUUAAAAGGAGGUGUAGAGUGAGGAUGCUCUGGGACAUGGCCGCUUGUCCGCCACACGUCGGGUGUUGGAUUCCAACCCCAGCACUAUAACGAACCAAAAACUUAUGCCCGAGUUCAGAUGCCAUCCGUACUACGUCUUGGCUGUGUGGAGUUAAGAAGUCCCGUGACCUCACAGAAUCUCCAUGCCUGCAAUGUAAUAAAGAUGCUUAAAACUGUA